ACAAGAAGAAAAACAGUUAGCAGUGGUUGCGUCAUGAGCCAUGGUGCCCGAAAGAAUAGCCCUAAUGUUAGAAAUCAAGCCACCGAUAGUGCAAGACGUGGCAGCGGACUGAAGGUUGGGGAUCAACGAGUUGAUCGACGCAAUAAACAGCGAGAUCGACGUAGUGGUGAAGGUUCUCGUCCUCGUUGCUCGCACUGUGACAAGAUUGGUCACACCCGUGAUGAUUGUUAUGAGAUUGUUGGUUACCCAACGGAUUGGCAAAGGAAAUUGAAAGUUAGAGGAGACCAAGCACGUGUACGCAGUGAUAGGGGGCCAAGAACUUCGGCAACGUUGACAGGCACGAAAGCUCGUGCUUUCUUGGCUGGGACAGAGACAGGCACGCCUCAGGAGUGUUCCUCACUUGUUCCUGGCCUAACACAAGCUCAUAUUCAGCAACUGAUAGAUCUUUUGGACCGACAAUCCGACAAUAGCAAUGGGCCAGUAGUCAACAUGGCCUCCAAUGUGAACUUUUCUGGACUUACACUCGAGGAAGCCUAUUGGAGUGGGUAGAGUGCGAAACAAAUUGUAUCAUUUGGAGCCAAUGAGGGCGGGCAAGGCAUUUUUGGCUAAAACUAAGGAUACUGGCAAAGAUACUGUGAUUCUAUGGCAUCAUCGAUUAGGGCACAUUCCUUUGGAUCGUCUUUCAGUGGUUCCGAAUUUAUCUAUUAAUUGCAUUAGAAAGGAUAAUUUUCUUUGUGAUGCAUGUUGUAGGGCAAGACAAACCAGAUUACCUUUUCCGAAUCAUAAGAAUAAAAGUCAGCAUGCUUUUGAUUUAAUUCACUGUGACAUUUGGGGACCUUAUCACACCGUAUCUUUUUCAAGAUCACACUAUUUUCUUACUAUUGUUGAUGACUACAACAAGGCAACAUGGGUUUUUCUCAUGAAAUAUAAAUCAGAAACUAGAAAUCUCUUACUUUAUUUUUUUCAGUGGGUCAAGACACAGUUCAACACACAAGUAAAGAUGUUGCGAACAGACAAUGGGAUGGAAUUUAAGCAU